AUGGCGGGCGCAAUCGUGAGCCAGACAUGGAUCCUCACCAAGAAGACGCUGCUCGUCGUCUUCGUGCGCCACUGGUUCUUCACGAGUGUCCGCGCAUUCUGGGCUCCCAUUAUCUUUAUGUUCUUCAUAUCUUAUGCGAAAAACUUCUUUGUCCCGCCGUCAGAGUACGGCAUCGGUGAGCCGUCUCUCAUCCGCUCCUUUCCCGAAGCCCUCAGUGCUGCCCAAGGCGGCCGUGACAAGGUCGUCUUCGUCAACAACGGACACACUGGUGGCGAAAUUCAAGACGUUAUUGCACAGCUAUCCACCCAGGUCCGCGACGCUGGCCUGCAGGCCGUGACUAUUCAGCAGGAUGUUCAACUGCUUUCGACGUGCGAGAGCUCGCUGCGGGGCGCCAGCACAUGCUAUGGUGCAGUGUCCUUCCUUUCCAGUCCGAGCCAAGGCCAGGGCGAGAGCUGGAACUACACCAUCCGAUCCGACGGAGCGCUGGGAGAGGAAAUCUACGUGGGCCAGGACGACAACGAUGUCCAGAUCUACAUUCUGCCCUUCCAGCGCGCCAUCGACCAGGCCAUCGCCUCCGUCGAGGGCUUUGCUGCCAUCCCCGCCACCGACGAGUACCCGUACACAGAGCGUACGCAGCAAGAAUAUGACGAUCGCAUCAGGACCCUGUACAUGGGUGCACUCAUCAACAUCAUGGGCGUGGCUCUGUACAUUGGCGUGUGCGGCGUCACCUAUCAGCUCACGGGGCAAAUGGCCGAGGAGAGAGAACGCGGCAUAUCCCAGCUAGUCGAAGCCAUGUCGCCCGCCAAAAGGCCAUGGCACACGCAGUUUGCCCGUCUUCUGUCCAUGCAUAUUGCGUUCGACAUCAUCUACUUCCCGGGCUGGGUCAUUAUGGGCGCCAUCCUUUGGGCUCUGGCUUUCCAAACCUCCAACCCUGCCAUAUUGAUCAUCUUCCACAUCCUUGCUGGCCUGUCCUUGACCAGCUUCUCCAUCUUCGGCGCAGCUUUCUUCCGCAAAGCCCAACUAUCUGGUAUCACCAUCGUCAUCGUCCCGAUCCUCCUGGCCAUCAUCGCCCAAGUCGCUGGACCUUUCAGCACAGCUGCUGUAUACGUUCUGAGCCUGCUCUUUCCGUCCAUCAACUACGUCUUCUUCAUUAUUUGCGUGGCCCGUUUUGAGCGACAGCUCGUUGGAAUGAACCUCGUCCAAGCCGCGCCCGACUACCAGGACCACAUCUGGACUACUCCCGGCAUCGUCUUCUGCAUAUUUGCCAUUAUACAGACUUUUGUGUACCCUGUUCUGGGCGCUCUUGUUGAGCGCUGGCUCUACGGCACCGUUUCGGCCGACCGGAAGACUACAACGUCUUCGCCGGAUCACAACAUCAUCCUGACAAACUUUUGUAAGCACUGGACUCCCAGUUGGUUUCGCAGCAACGUCCUUACCAAGUUCGGCGUCAAGCCACCGGAAACAGUCGUCGCCGUGCAAGACUUCAGCAUGAAGGCGCGCAAAGGCCAGAUUAUGGUUUUGCUUGGUGCCAAUGGUAGUGGCAAGUCCACCACGCUGGACGCCAUCGCGGGUCUCAACUCCAUCACUAGUGGAGCGAUCGAGAUUGAUGGCACCGGAGGCCUUGGACUGUGCCCCCAGAAAAAUGUCAUGUGGGAUGAGCUGACUGUUUACGAACACGUUCGUAUCUUUAACCAGUUAAAGUCAACCGGCACCUACGAUACCAAAGAUACCAUCGAAAACCUGAUACGCGCUUGCGAUCUGGGGCACAAGAUCAGAGCACAGUCCUGCACACUUUCUGGGGGUCAAAAGCGCAAGCUUCAGCUGGCCAUGAUGUUCACCGGCGGUUCAAAAGUCUGCUGCGUCGAUGAGGUGUCGUCCGGAUUGGAUCCACUCUCGCGAAGGAAGAUCUGGGAGAUUCUACUCGCUGAGCGGGGUGACCGCACCUUCUUGCUCACGACACAUUUUCUCGACGAGGCAGAUGUCCUUGCCGACUACGUUGCCAUCCUUUCCCGCGGUAUCCUCAAAACGAAGGGUACUUCGGUUCAGCUCAAACAUGAAGUCGGCGCUGGAUACCACGUUACUUAUCCGAAAGACGCUCCUGUCAAGCCCCCAGUGGAUGCCAUCAAGAAACCGGCACCUUCCGAAGGCAUGCUACAGUACCAAUUCGAUAACGCACUGCCCGCCACCAAAUUCGUUGAUAUUCUGAGACAUCAUGACGUCAAGAACUACGACAUUGUUGGCCCGACAUUGGAGGAUGUCUUCCUGGCCAAUGCUGAGGAAGUCAAGGAGUACAACCUAAUGGACGCUGACCACGGUGGGCAAGCUGGAACCCCAACGUCGGACAAGGAUCGAGACGUACCUUCAGAUCACUCUGACACCGACAAGACGCUAGAAAUGAGCAAAGGUCGUGGCACUAGUCUACUCAGGCAGAUACUCAUACUUGUACAGAAGCGUAUCACCAUUGUCAAACGCAACUUUUGGCCCUACAUAUUCGCUUUACUCCUUCCGAUUGUGGCGGCGGGACUAGUCACACUGUUCCUAAAGGAUUACGAGGCUGUUGGAUGCGAUCCUGGAGCCAGCGCUAACGACCCUACCAUAUUCUCGCUUUCCAACGUAGACGAUGUCCCUCUCAUCCCCAUCGGUCCGGCAAGUACCGUCGGUCCUGCUAUCGACACCAUCAUUCAACGAACAGGAGUCUCCGAGGACAGUUUUCACCUCGUGGACACACUCGAUGAAUUCAACGACUACGUCAACACGCGUUUCCGCAACAUCACACCCGGUGGCUUCUUCCUAAAUGAUAACGGCCCGCCACUCAUGGCUUACCUUGCUAAUGGCGGUGUCAUCGGUGGCCUCAUCACACUGAAUACUCUCGACAACAUCUUGACAAACAUCACCAUCUCCACACAGUACCAGCAAUUCGCCGUGCCAUUUGCUCCUAAUAUGGGCGACACGCUACAGCUGAUCUUGUAUUUUGGCCUGGCCAUGUGUGUCUACCCAGCGCUAUUUGCUCUAUAUCCGACACAAGAGCGGCUUAGGAAUGUCCGAGCGCUGCACUACAGCAACGGUAUCCGGGCUGUGCCACUGUGGCUGGCAUACACGGCGUUUGAUUUCCUGUUCGUGCUUGUGAUCUCUGCCGUCACUACAGGGAUCUUUGCUGCAGCUUCCGAUGCGUGGUAUGCACCAGGGUACCUCUUCGUGGUGUUCUUUCUCUACGGCCUGUGUGCGACGCUCUUUGCUUACCUAAUCUCCAUUGUGGUCACGUCGCAACUGGCGGCAUUUGCCUUCGCUGCUGGAGGCAUGGUGUCGCUCUACCUGAUAUACUUUAUCGGUUACAUGGCCAUACUGACUUACGCACCCGCAUACGCCAUUGACUCCUACAUUCAGUACUUCCACUGGACUGUCUCGUUGAUCUCGCCCUCAGCAAGCCUACUGAGGACGCAACUGCUUUCUCUCAACUCUUUCAGCGUACUAUGCGAUGGCAAUCAAAUUCCCAGCUAUCCUGGCGCUUUGACAGUGUACGGAGGACCCAUUUUGUAUCUCAUUGUACAAAUCAUAUUGCUUUUCACCGCUCUCGUGUGGUGGGACUCGGGCUACCGACCCGCGUUUCUCAACCGAGAAAAAAGCCGUCAGCAGCACUCGGAAGAAAACGUGGAUACCAUCCCUCCUGCUGUCGCUGCCGAAAUAACACGCGCUGAGCAGAGCAAAGACAGCCUACGUGCGCUGCAUUUACACAAAACGUUCGGCUCCAAUCACGCUGUGAACGACAUCACCUUUGGCAUCCCCCAAGGCCAGGUUUUCGCUCUUCUUGGUCCCAAUGGUGCUGGAAAGUCCUCGACUAUCUCGCUCAUCCGUGGAGACAUUCAUCCUACGACACACAUCAACGGAGGUGGUGACGUUCUGAUCGAAGACAUCUCAAUCAUCAGCAAGCGUGCAGCCGCACGAGGUCAUCUCGGUGUGUGUCCGCAAUUCGAUGCCAUGGAUUCAAUGACAGUAACGGAGCAUCUGUACUUCUACGCUCGCGCUCGCGGCGUCCCCGACCCAAAGACCAGUGUUGAUGCGAUCCUCCAGGCUACCAGUUUGGGGCGCUUUCACGACCGUCUCGCGUCCAAACUCUCGGGUGGUAAUAAGCGGAAGCUCAGUCUGGGCAUUGCAUUGAUGGGCAAUCCGUCUGUUUUACUGUUGGACGAACCGUCCUCGGGUAUGGAUGCAGCUGCGAAGAGAGUCAUGUGGCGCACACUGCUCGGUGUAGCGGCACCUGGGCGUGCCUUGUUGAUCACCACUCAUUCCAUGGAAGAAGCGGACAAGCUCGCCACCCGCGUCGGUAUCAUGAAGCGCAAAAUGCUUGCGCUGGGGACAGUCAGUGAUCUAGGGCAGCAGUAUGGCGAUGCUUGGGUCGUACAGCUUGUGCUCAAAUCUGCACCCGAAACCACAGAAAAAGAGAUGGAAGCCGUAAAGCAAUGGGUUCAGAGGAAGAUUCCCGGUGUUCAGCUCGACAAGUGGGGUUCGCGAGGUGGAGGCCACGGACAACUCCGAUUCAAAGUACUCAAGGCUGCUUCCCCCGAAUCGACUGCAUCGCCCGCGCAUCUUGACAAUGCUCAAGAUGGCAAGGUCACCGAAGCAGAGGUUCAUCAAAUCAACACUUCGUCCUCAGCUGCUUCAGCAUCUGAUCUAGGCGGCAUUCCCGGCCUCAUCCAGUUGCUAGAAUCUAAUCGCCAAGAGCUAGGCUUGGAAUACUACUCGGUUUCGCCUACCACCUUGGACGAGGUGUUCCUCCGUGUUGUUGGCGAGGAGGAGGAAGAGACGAGUGGAAAGAAACCAAAGGGUACAAAGAGGAAUGGAUGGGGUCGCUUCAUAUGCUGUGGCUUGCUGCCUGCUUAG